UCCAAGCCCUGCAGCCAGACCCUGCCCCGGCCCCUCGGUGGCAGCGCGCUAGUGACAGAGGAGGUGGCCAUGCAGGAGCCCCUGCUGGGAGCCGAGGGCCAGGACUAUGACACAUUCCCCGAGAACCCGCCCCCGUCGCUGGGGGAGAGGACGCGAGUCGGGGCCCCCCAGAACAAGAGGGUGUUCCUGGCUACCUUCGCCGCUGUGCUGGGCAACUUCAGCUUCGGCUACGCCCUGGUCUACACGUCCCCGGUCAUCCCGGCCCUGGAGCACUCCCCAGAUCCAAACCUGAGUCUGACCAAGGUCCAGGCCUCCUGGUUCGGGUCUGUGUUCACACUGGGUGCCGCAGCCGGCGGCCUCAGCGCCAUGCUGCUCAACGACCUGCUGGGCCGGAAGCUGAGCAUCAUGUUCUCGGCGGUGCCCUCAGUGGCCGGCUAUGCUCUCAUGGCGGGCGCCCGCGGUCUCUGGAUGCUGCUGCUGGGCAGGAUGCUGACGGGCUUCGCCGGGGGGCUCACGGCAGCCUGCAUCCCGGUGUAUGUGUCUGAGAUAGCCCCCCCGGGCGUGCGUGGGGCUCUGGGGGCCACGCCCCAGCUCAUGGCGGUGUUCGGCUCGCUGUCUCUCUACGCCCUUGGCCUCCUGCUGCCUUGGCGCUGGCUGGCGGUGGCCGGGGAGGGGCCCGUGGUCAUCAUGGUCCUGCUGCUCAGCUUCAUGCCCAACUCGCCACGCUUCCUGCUCUCGCGGGGCCGAGAUGCAGAGGCGCUGCGGGCGCUGGCCUGGCUGCGCGGGGCCGAUGCCGACAUCGGCCAGGAGUUCCAGCAGAUCCGGGACAACGUCCAGAGACAGAGCAGCCGCAUGUCGUGGGCCGAGGCCCGGGACCCCCACGUGUACCGGCCCAUCACCAUCGCUGUGCUCAUGCGCUUCCUGCAGCAGCUGACAGGCAUCACGCCGGUGCUGGUCUACCUGCAGCCCAUCUUCAACAGCACUGCAGUGCUGCUGCCCCCCGAAGAGGACGCGGCCAUCGUAGGGGCCGUGAGGCUCUUGUCGGUGCUCAUUGCGGCCCUGACCAUGGACCUGGCUGGCCGCAAGGCCCUGCUCUUCGUCUCAGCCUCCGUCAUGUUCGCUGCUAACCUGACACUGGGGCUGUAUGUCCAAUUCGGCCCCAAGCCCGUGACCCCGAACAUCACCGUGGGCCUCGAGAACGCACCCCUGGGGGACACGGAGCAGCCCUUGGCCACGCCCACCGGCUCCCUCACCCUGGUGCCCCUGCUGGCCACCAUGGUCUUCAUCAUGGGCUACGCCAUGGGCUGGGGGCCCAUCACCUGGCUGCUCAUGUCAGAGAUCCUGCCGCUGCGGGCCCGCGGCGCCGCCUCGGGGCUCUGCGUGCUGGUCAGCUGGCUCACGGCCUUCGCCCUCACCAAGUCCUUCCUGCUGGUGGUGAAUGCCUUCGGCCUUCAGGUGCCUUUCUACUUCUUUGCCGCCAUCUGCCUGGUGAACCUGGUGUUCACCGGCUGCUGCGUGCCCGAGACCAAGGGCCGGUCGCUGGAGCAGAUCGAGUCCUUCUUUCGCAGCGGGAGGAGGUCCUUCCUGCGCUAGGCCAGGCCUCCAAGUUGGCCACUGACCUGCACCCAGAGCCUGGGAGGCGGCAGCGACCUGCCACCAGCCGGACGCCACCCCCGACCCAAGCUCCCUGGCGCAGGACAGCCAACAGCACUGUCCAGCAGGGUCCCUCCGCAGGCGGCCUGAGGCGCCAUUCGGACGUUGGCCAAGACCUGCGGACAGACGUGGCGGCACGCACCACAGGGGAGCACUGGCCACCCUGCCCGGGGGGUGGUGACGAGGACAGAGACGGGGAAGUGGAGGGGCUCCCGCAGAGACGGCGUCCCGUCACCCUGCUCCGACCCGAGCCACCGCUGAGCGACUGGGAGAAAGCAGGAAGAAGUCUGCCCCAAGGACUCCCAGCGGCCCCCGGGCCAGGGCACAGGACCGGCCCACACGCACUCCUGCCCCAGCCCGGCAUCUGGGAGCAGGCUCCCGAGGGCUCCCACCUGCAAACCGUGUGCCCUGUUUAUGGAAAUAAACUGGAGUUCUGGCGGGGGAGCCCCCUCCAGCCAGGCCACACUGCCA